CGAUACAAUCGGGAAACAAGCCCUAAACCAAGACGGCAAGACCCAAAUACACGAACCCCACAAUCAGAACCAAGGAAAUAGAAAAAUGGCGAUUUCUGGUGAUUUUAGGGUGUCUGCUGCAUUGGGUUCUUCUCCUACGAACAUCCUCCGCAUCAAUUUACCACCUAAGGCGGAUUGUGUUAAUUUCCUAAGCGGAAGAUCGAUUGUUUCCGAAAACAUGCCCAAGUGGCCAGCUUCAAUGGUCCAUGCCCAGACCACGCGCUGCCAUGCUAAACGACCCCUCGGGAUCAUCAGCGACUACGAGAUGUCCACAAGCUCCGUUAACCAAGAUGCGGAAAGCUUCUUGUUGAACGCCAUAAACAUGAGUUUUUUUGAGCGAUUAAGUUUGGCAUGGCGGAUCGUCUUCCCAUCUCCAUCGAUGAUCAAGAACUCAAAUGCGAAUGUUGCUAAACAAAGGUUGAAAAUGAUUCUGUUUUCCGACCGAUGUGCAGUUAGUGAGGAAGCGAAACAGAAGAUAGUCAGCAAUAUAGUCAACGCCCUUUCGGAUUUUGUGGUGAUUGAAUCACAGGAUAAAGUCCAACUCAGCGUGUCUACGGACCCUGCACUCGGAACGAUCUACUCGGUGACGGUGCCUGUGCGACGCGUGAAAGCAGAAUAUCAAGAAGAAGACGGGGAGGGAACGAUUAUGAACGUGGAAUACAAGGACAAUGGAUCGACUUCUGGUUCGAUGGAUGUUAAGUUUGAUUUCUACGUCCCGAGUGAAUGAUUUUUAGCUUUUCCGGUGACCGGAGAACGGAAUCUGGAAAAGAAGGGAUGAAAUUUGUUGGGUCAGGUGGUGUUUGAUGGUUGGAAUUUGUUAUAAUCUAUAGCAAACCUUGUAAAUAUUCAUAUGCUUUAAAUUGGAGUCUUUAUAACAA